GGGCAGCGAGCGCUCAUGGCGGCGCCGGCGCCCGGGGACGCCCGGGCCGCCGCCUCGGCAGUCCUGGACGAGCUGGCUCGGAACUUCACGUACGGGGCGCGGGGCGCCGGCAACGGCUCCCUGUCGGGCGCGUGGUACCGCCGGAACCAGAUUCACCUUUUUGGAGUUUUGCUGGCCAUUUUAGGAAACCUGGUAAUCAGCAUUUCCCUAAAUAUUCAGAAGUAUUCACAUCUUCGGUCAGCACAGCAAGAACACCCAAGGCCAUACUUCAGGAGCGUGUUGUGGUGGGGUGGGGUCAUACUGAUGGCCCUGGGAGAGACGGGAAACUUCGCAGCCUAUGGAUUCGCCCCCAUUACUCUCAUCGCUCCGUUAGGCUGUAUGUCUGUUACAGGUAGUGCUAUUAUUUCUGUUAUGUUUCUGAGAGAAAAUUUGAGAGCCUCGGAUUUACUAGGUAUGACGUUGGCAUUGGCAGGAACAUAUCUAUUGGUGAACUUUGCUCCAAAUAUAACUCAGGCUAUCUCCGCAAGAACAGUACAGUAUUACUUUGUUGGCUGGCAGUUCAUGAUCUACAUGAUUUUAGAAAUAUUAAUUUUCUGCAUUCUCCUGUAUUUCCAUAAAAGAAAAGGAAUGAAACACAUUGGGAUUCUGCUAACCCUGGUGGCACUCCUAGCCUCGGUGACUGUUAUUUCCGUAAAAGCUGUCUCAGGCAUGAUCACUUUUUCUGUGACAGAUAAAAUGCAACUAACUUAUCCCAUCUUCUAUAUCAUGUGUAUCAUCAUGAUUGCAUCUUGUGUUUUCCAAGUCAAGCUCCUGAAUCAAGCCACGAAACUCUACAGCACAGCGACGGUGGUGCCCGUUAACCACAUUUUCUUUACCGUCAGUGCCAUAAUCGCAGGUAUCAUAUUUUAUCAGGAGUUCCUUGGUGCAGCUUUCCUCACUAUAUUUAUAUAUCUUUUUGGGUGUUUUCUGUCAUUCCUUGGUGUGGUUUUGGUCACAAGAAAUAGAGAAAAGGAACAUCUGCCACAGUCUUACAUUGAUUUUGGAAAUGUUCCUGGGAAACAAAUGUUGGAUAAAAUACAACCAGAUUCAAGCGGCUUAUCCUAUGGAACUCUGCCUGAUGGAAGUGACUCCAUAAAGAGCCCGAGUGGAGAGAAGAAAGGGGUCUGAGACGCCGAGAGGGAUGGCUGUGGGCCUCUGAUUUAAUACCGCUUUUUAAAAUAUUGCACAUGUUCAAUUUAUGUCAGCAGCUAUUUAAUGCUGACAUGUGCUCGCCUUCCUUUCAGUCCCUGACCCCCACCUCCAUGUCCAUGGACAAUCAGGGCCUUCCUAAGCUUUGACAGUCUAAGGUUUUCAUGGAAUGUAAUUUGAAGUGUUCCCCACACCCUGGACCUCUCUCCCUGGUGAUCAUCUAACUGGCUAGAUCUUAAUUAGAGCCUGGCUGCCCAGGCAGAAAUGUCACACAAAAAUGUGCAUUCACAAUUUGGCUGCAGAAUGCGUAGGUUGUUUUUCCCAUACAGCUUGCAAGGUCAAUUGCUUUGCUUUAAAGAGACACUUUAGUCCCACAACCUCCUCCCUAAACCAAAGGUUUGAAAGCAUUCAUUUUUCCUUAGACAUCUUUUAGGAAGCUUCCCAUAAAGAUUUCACUUUUCUGUUCCCAAAUGAGAGUGGUAAAUCAUCUUUUCUGAAAACUAGCCCUAUCGUAUUUAUCCUUUGAAAAGUAAAGGUGUGUUUUUUUUUUUUUUUUUCAUAAUUAAGCAUCUGUGUUUUGACUACACUUAUGUCACUCUUUCACUUUCAUCUUUCCUUUUUUUAUUGGAGUAUAAUCGCUAUACGGUGCUGUGUUAGUUUCUGCGUACAGUGAAGUGAAUCAGCUAUGAAAGUGAAAGUCGCUCAGUCGUGUCCAACUCUCUGUGACCCCCAUGGACUAUACAGUCCAUAGAAUGCUCCAGGCCAGAAUACUGGAGUGGGUAGCCUUUCCCUUUUCCAGGGGAUCUUCCCAACCCAGGGAUCAAACCCAGGUCUCCCACAUUGCAAGCAGAUUCUUUACCAGCUGAGCCACAAGGGAAGGCCAAGAAUACUGGAGUGGGUAGCCUAUCCCUUCUGCAGCAGAUCUUCCUGACCCAGGAAUCGAACUGGGGUCUCCUGCAUUGCAGGUGGAUUCUUUACCAACUAUAUGUAUACAUAUAGCCCCUCCCUCCUGAGCCUCCCUCCUUCCCUCCCAUCCCACCCCUCUGGGUCAUCACGGAGCACCAAGCUGAGCUUCCUGUGCUUCAUAGCAGGUUCCCACUAGCUAUCUAUUUUACACAUGGUAUAGUGUAUAUAUGUCAAUCCUAACCUCCCGAUUCAGCCCACUUUUCUCUUCCCCUCCAUCCUGCCCUGUGUCCAUAUGUCUGUUGUCUGCAUCUGUACCUUUAUUCCUACCCUGGAAAUAGGUUCAUCUGUACCUUUUCUAGAUUCCACAUAUAUGUGUUAAUACACAAUACUUCUUUUUCUUUUUCUGACUUACUUCAAUCUGUAUGACAGAUUCAAGAUCCAGUUUAUACCCCAUUUGAUGAUGGGGUAUACCAAAACCAGAAGACCUUGGCUGGUGAACUUUUUAAGCUUAAGAAAGGCAAAACUUAAGAAUUAGUACCAAAAAAUGAAUCAGUAUCAAUUUUUUUAAGUAAGAGUGUAGAGCAGUGAUGUUUUCUUCAGCAUAUGAUCCUAUUAUACUUGAAACUGAAGAGAAACUUCAUAUCCUAUGCCUUUAUUUGUUUAGAUCUUAUAAUUCAUCAACUGGGUUUUUAAUGUUUUAACUUUCAAUGUUAAGUCUCAAAAAUCAUAUUUAAAUUUUUAGUGAUACUUUCACGAACAUUUCAUCUUCUCCUCAAGUCAUUACUUCAAGUUUUAGAAUAAAAUCCUUCUAGGUAAAAGAACUGUUAUGAUCGCUUCUCGGCCUUUUGGCUAAGAUCAAGAACUGUUAUGACUAGAGAACUGGAUUUCAGCCAUUUUCAGUCUGCAGACAUAGCACACAGCCAGGUGGUCCAGCCUGAGUCUAGUCCAGGUCCUCCUGUACCCUGAAUGGCUCUUCUGCUGCCAUAGAUGCAGGUCUACUAAGACACAUUUGCAGGUAGAGUCCAUAAUCAUAUCUGUUAUUAUUUAUGAUUUCCUAAUAUUGAAAUGAGGAGAAAAGAGCUAGCCUUCAUUGUAAGCAACAUCAAAUAAUAAGCCCCAUCCUUAAUGACAUUUCAAAACCUUCAGAUCACACGCCAGUCCAAUACUGUUCCAGCCAGUUGUCUUGCAUUUGUUUGGUUGUUUAACUCAGGGCUAUUGAAACUGUAGUCUCAGCUGCUUUAGGUCUUUAAUUUUUGUUCUUUGUCAUGGUCUGCAUUCCUGACCAGACCAACCAAACCUGGCCACAAAGGUGAGAUUCAAAUCUAUCACUAAAGUAUGAAUAAUAACCUAGAGCCCAUGUCUGGCUUUUGAACUCCUGGUAACAAUUCCUGCCAUUGUAGAAAGUGUCCCAUUAAUUCAAAUAACAUAGUCAUAUAAUUUAUGGCAUGCUUCACUGAAUUGGUCCAGCAUGUCAGCGUUGGAA